AACCAUUUUGGAAGAUACAUGAUUCACGAAGAUUAGAAAGUUCACACACAUGAGAAACGUCUUUUGGACAUUUUGUAAAAUAUAGUAUUCUACAUGUAUCAUGAAUUGUUUAAAUUAACAGAGGAUGAGUGAUUGUUCUAAGUCGAUGGACGAAUUUUAUUUCUGGAUAAUGUCACAUGUGCCUUGAAAGCUUUUUAACGAGACGAUUAAAAUUGCAAGUGACAAUUUUCCUUCUUGUCGUCAUUUAAUGUCUUCAUUAAAAAGAAUGAAAAAGGACGGUCUUGAUAUCACACAAGCGGAAGACAGCAAAAGCUAUGGUAGUUUUACAUCCAUUGCAUCAUCUGACUGGAAUAAAUCUCCUUCUCCCUCUCCACAACCAAGUAGAAAGUCAAUAGGAAUUAGGAAAAUAUUAUUAGUGCCUUGGAAACGAAAAGGACACCAUACCGAUCAAGAAAUGGAUGAAUGGAAAAGUGGAAAUCGAUUAAAGAAAAUGUCAGCGGAUGCUUCUGGAACAAAAACUGACUCAGCAAUUCAAAGGAAUCGAAGUCAUUCUUUUGACAACAUUCUCAGUCGUAAUAAAAACUCAUCAAAUGGAAAAGAAAAUUUGUCAUUUCCCCAUGUUGCAUUGCUUGGGGAUACUGAUGGAAAACUACAUAGUUCACAUUUAUCUCAUACAUCAGAAGAAAGUGCUGAAGAAUUGGCUGUUGAUCAUUUGGAUGUUGUCGAUGGUGUAGACAAUACGCAGCGUUUAGUUGAAGAGCGUGAAAAGUUGAGACAAAAAAUAGCAAAAACCCAAAGGAAAAUUAUGAAACUUCAAAACACUAAGGAUGAGAAUGUGGAAGUCUACUUGGAGUCUGCAAAUGUGGAAUUGACUAAGAAGGCUUUUGAAAAACAAAACCUUAAAUCCAACGCCGACAUAGCUCACUUUCAGAAGAAAUUAGAGAAAUAUUCGAAGAAUUUGAAGGAUUUAGAUAGCCGUGAACAACGAACGAAAAAUCACAGUGCUAAAGAAAUGCUUAGAGGGGUGAAGACAAGUGUUAAAGAAAUUUCAGGAGGUGUUCGUGAUGGCGUAAAGGGAAUCUCCGGGGCUGUAUCAAAACUCUACAAAAGUAACGAAAAUAUAACAGAUGUUGCAACCACAUCAAAAAGUGAUUCGGAAUGUCAGGAUCUCGAUAGGAAUGGUGUGGAUACCUCAGGAUAUGACGUACGAAAAAAUCAAACUCCAAGUCCAAAACAUUUAGUCUCGGAAGAAGAUAAUACCAGCAUAUUUUCCACCCAGAUAAGUGUUGCGCCAUCGAGUCCGGGCUACAGUGAAUCAAGCGUUGACAAUAUUUUCGAGGCUAAGCUGAAGGAUGUAAUGGAUUCUCAUGCUUCUCUUAAAGAAACCGUCGAUAAAGCUGUGGUUAACAUCAACGCUAUCGCAACAUCUCUACAGGAAGAACGAUACAAAAUGCAGGAACUUGAGAUCCAGUUCAACACACUACUUGGUCAUUGGAAUGACUUCUCUGAAUUACAUCAACGUGAAAUUGGACAAUUACGUGAUGAGCUUCAGCGAAACGAUGAAAGUAUUGCUACAGUAGAUUAUCGUCUUAUGGAAAGAGUCGCUGAAAUAGAUGAAUUAUUUGACACAUACGAGGCUCGGAUGUUAAAAAUAGAGAACAUCCAUCAACAGCAGCAAGGUGUGAAUGUCGAUGGGUACUUUGAGCAGAAUACUCGAGCGAAAGCAGUCCUUACCAAAUUUCUUAAUGUCGUUCUCUACGUCAUCACGUUUUUAUUUAGUAUUUCUACUUCAAUUUUUGGCAGUGUUUCAUCACUGACUAAGACAAGGAAGCGUUUAAUUUUGACUGCCAUUCUGAUAGCUUUUUUUGCAUUUUGGUGGCACAGUUCAAGUCUAUAUCUCAUGAAAUAUACGCGAGAGACUUUUCUCCUUCCAAUUUUUGAAUGGCUUUCUGGACUUUCAAAGAAACUAAUAUUGCCGACGGAACAGUGUGGUCACGUCAAAUGACGUCAUUGUUUCUGUUACUAAAUGCUAUAAAUGCAAAUUUUAAUAUUUUCAGUGUAAAGAUAACUUAUGUAAUAUAGCAAUUUUUGCUAAACUGCAUAUCAUAAAUGCAAUCAAUACUAUAAAUAUGUAAAUCUGAUUAUUAUCGUAUUCUUUGAUUCA